AUGAUUGUCAAACGGGCAUUGGCAAGAGCUCAAAAACAGAGCAACUCAUUACGAUUUUUGAAUUGUUGUAAUACUGCAAUUACUGGAGAGCCAUUAGGUUUUGUUCGACGUCCAUAUUCAACUGAAGGAAGUAAAACUACUCAUUUUGGUUUCAAAACUGUUCCUGAGGACGAAAAGGAGCAUCUUGUGAAGCACGUUUUCUCAAAUGUUGCUUCUAGCUAUGAUUAUAUGAAUGAUGCUAUGAGUCUUGGUAUUCACAGACUGUGGAAAGACCACUUUGUCUCCAAAUUAGAUCCUGGAAGAAGAGCCGGCGGAUCCCCUCUAUCCUUUUUAGAUGUUGCUGGAGGCUCCGGUGAUAUUGCAUUUAGAAUUCUAGAUCAUGCUGCUAAAAUCCAUGGAGAUCACGAGAGUGUUAUGAAUGUUGUGGACAUCAAUCCAGAAAUGCUGGCCGAAGGUGAAAAACGAUCGAAAGAAACUCCAUAUGGAAACACUUCGCGUAUUAAUUUCAAAGUGCAAAAUGCCGAGUUUUUGGAUGCGAUUCCAGAUAACUCGCAAGAUAUUUAUACAGUUUCAUUUGGCAUUAGAAACUUUACCAAUAUUCCAGCCGCCUUGGCUACUGCUCAUCGUGUCUUGAAACCUGGUGGAGUUUUUGCCUGUUUAGAGUUCAGCAAGGUAGACAAUUCCAUCUUGGACACUUUAUAUCAACAGUACUCCUUCAACAUAAUCCCACUAUUGGGCCAAGUUCUGGUUGGUGAUCGUGAUUCCUAUCAAUAUUUAGUUGAGAGCAUCCAGAGAUUCCCCUCCCAAGAACAGUUUGCAGGUAUGAUCCAAGAUGCUGGAUUUACUUUGGCAGGUUCCGGAUAUGAGAAUCUCUCCUUUGGUAUUGCUGCUAUCCAUACUGGAGUUAAAUUAUAG